AUGGUCAGAUGGCACUUCCCUAGCUGGUUGACGCUUGUGCGGACUGUUGCCAGAGGCCUGGCUUGGGUGAACGACAUUGUGGCCAUUGUUGUGCUCUGCUUCGUUGCCCAGAAAUGGACGGAUACGUGCGGCGCUGUCGCGCCGGGAAUCGUUGGGGCUGUCAUCGCCCUGCUAAACGAUAGUUGGCAAAUGGUCGCGUUUGCGGAUCGCACACUCGGCUUCGAACCCAUGAAACCCCAUCGAACACUCAUGCACGAUAUAUUCUCCCUGGCGGUUACUCUCGGCGGGAUCGUACUCAUGCUCGUUUCGAAUGUCCAGAGUCAAGAUGCUGAUGAACUGGUGAGCUACAUUGGCGCCGAUGGCGGGGGCAUCAAGUUCCACAGGUCGACUAUGACUUGGAUUGGCACGUGGCUUCUAACCAUCAUCAUAGCUUUCAGGAUAGGUUUUGCGAUUUGGGCGUGUAUGGAUUGCUACAAGGAAUAUCAGCAAGAAGCGAGACGACAUUUACGACAGACAGACGUGGAACAGGUUGAGGCAUGA